UAUAAAUAAAAAUGUUUCGUUAGAAAGUAAGAAAAAAAAAAAAAAAAAAUGUAAGAUAAUGAUCAAAAUUUCUGGCGUAAUCUCAUGUUACUUGAAACAUGAGGCGUUCGUUGUUCAUUCAUCGCAAAUGGAAAUUCAUCGGAAAUUUAUAAUUUGGAGUAUGGUUAAGGGAUGGAAGGACCAAGUGAAAUAAUAACGAUUUUCAUAGGACAGGCUGGCACGCAAAUAGCAAAUGCUUGUUGGGAAUUAUUUUGUCUGGAACAUGGUGUAUCCCCAAACGGUUCUCUUCGUCAGGGCUAUUAUCCAAUGGACCCUUCUAUGCAUGCUUUUUUUUCAGAGACACAAGCAAGAAAAUUGACGCCACGCACGUUAAUCAUCGAUUUAGAGCCCACUGUGAUCGACGAGAUCAGGACUGGCGUUUAUAAAGCUCUUUUCAAUCCCGAGUCAUUGAUCACUGGGAAAGAAGACGCGUCGAACAAUUUCGCGAGGGGUUACUAUUCCAUCGGUAGUGAGGCGAUCGCCCUUGUGUUGGAUCGCGUUUGUAGAAUAUGGGAAACAUGCUCGAAGCCAGCUGGAUUUAUCGUAUUCAGGUCAAUUAGCGGUGGUACCGGAAGUGGUUUCGCCACGCUGUUGCUCGAACAUCUAUCACAGAAUUAUCCCAAGACGAUUACUCUAGACUUUGUCGUCUUUCCAUCACCUAACAUUGCCACCGUUAUCGUGGAACCCUAUAAUGCAGUCCAUACUACCCACGGUGCAUUGGACCACGUGAAUUGUUCCUUUCUCGUCGACAACGAAGCUUUAUACAACAUUUGCGCCAGGAACUUGGAUGUUGAUUACCCAACUUACACCAACUUAAAUCGCCUGAUGGCUCAAGUUGUUUCGAGCAUCACAGCUUCGAUGAGGUUCGAGGGUGCCAUAAAUCUUAGUCUCGAAGAACUACAAACAAAUUUGGUGCCUUAUCAUAGAAUUCAUUUCACUUUGGCUACGUACGCUCCGCUGAUCUCUCCCAGAAAAGCCAUGCAUUCCGAAAUUACCACCCAACAGAUCACCUACAGUUGCUUCGAACCUUCUAAUCAGAUGGUAUCAUGUGACCCACGCGUAGGAGCUUACGCCAGUUGCUGUUUGCUGUAUCGUGGAGAUGUGGCUCCAAAUGAUGUCAAUAGAACGAUCGCGUCGUUGAAGGGGGCGAAGUCGAUUCGUUUCGUCACUUGGAGUCCGACUGGGUUCAAGGUAGGAAUUAACUAUCAGCCAACUACAACAGUUCCCGGAGGUGACCUGGCGAAGUCGAGGAGGACGGUAGUGAUGGCCAGCAACAAUACCGCUAUCAGAUAUAGAUGGUCGAUGCUUGUUCGCAAAUUCGACUUGAUGUUCCAGAAAAGAGCUUUCGUUCACCAUUACGUAGGUGAAGGCAUGGAGGAAGAUUCCUUCGGUGAAGCUUGCGACAACGUCAUAGCUCUGAUUGACGAUUAUAAGGAGGUCGAGAAGUGAUCUUUAAAUUGGCAAGCUCUAUAGCUUGAAACUUCCUUUCUCCAACAAUCACGAAGAAUUUAAGAUGAGAAAACUAUAUGAAUAUACAGUGGCUUGCGAAAGUAUUCGAACUCUUGUAGACGUCUUUUGCGAAUACACUGUAUGUGUUGUAUCAAAUAUUUUAAAAUUUUAUAGGCUUUGUAACGAUACACGACUGUCAUGGUUAUGUUGCUAAAGUUUGAAACAAAUCUGAAAAUACAUGUAAAAAUCACAAGACAUUUGGCGUAACUAUAAGUCUCGAUAUUUAAUUAAACGUUUGCAGUAAAUAUAUCGUGAGCUCUAUAUACGCAUACUUACACACAUUUUCCGGUUGUUUCGAAUAUAAUCGGGAUGGUCGUGUCUCGUUAUAGUACAAACUAGAUUUCCAAAUAUACAUAACAAUUUUCUAUGGUAAGUGUUCGAAUAACUUCAUCAGCCGCUGUAUAUAGAUUAAAUUCUAUCUUUCUCCGAUUUCAAAGUGAAAAAUGACUUAGAAACAAAGAAUUUCCAUAUUUGCUCUUGUCUCGAAGAAGCCGUCGUUUGUUU